GUCAGGAUUUUGAUUUUACGGAAAGUACGGCAAAAAUUGUAGACACAAUAAAAAAAGAGGAGGAAAUUUAUGUUGGCCGACGGAAAAGCACCACAUCAGACAAGGACGAGGAACAAUCCAAACGAAGACCAUCGUACGCGGCUUUAUGGGGAAAUGAUUCAGAUGAGAUUUUUAUUUGCAAAAACAAUCAUUCAAACGAGAUAGUAGGUGCUCCAUCAUUAUCCGAG